AUGAUAGAUCCUAAAAGUUUAUUUCUUAAUCCAUUUAUAUGUGCUGAUCCAAAUGCUUUAAAUAUAUUACAAAAUUCAUUAAAUAAUUCACAUAAAUUAUCAAGUAAUUCAAAUACCAGUGGUGGAAAUUCUUUUAGAAUAUUAGAUAUACUAGAACCAAACUCUUCAAAUGGAGGAAUGUCUAAAUUAUUAUUUAAUAAUCAAAUCAACCAACAAUUUAAUUCUCCAUCAUCAUUAUCUAAUAAAGAUAUUUUAUUAUCUUGUCCAAAAGAUUUAGAUAGAGAAAGUAUAUCUAUUGAUAGAUCUCCAACCCGUUCCCCAAGUUCUUUACGCUCUAAUAGUCCAUCACAAACAGAUUCUGGAAAUAAUUCUUUUACAUCUAGUAAAAAAUGUCGGAAAGCAAGAACUAUAUUUACAGAUAAACAAUUACAAGAACUUGAAAAUACUUUUGAAAAACAAAAAUAUCUUUCAGUUCAAGAUCGUAUGGAUUUAGCACAAAGGAUGGGUUUAAGUGAUACACAAGUAAAAACAUGGUAUCAAAAUAGGAGAACAAAAUGGAAGAGGCAAGCUUCUGUUGGGAUGGAGUUAUUGAAUGAGGCAAGUAAUGUUGCUGCUGUUCAAAAUUUAAUAAGAACAAAUCCUUAUUGGGCUAAUUAUUUUGCCAAUCACCAAAUGAUGGCACUAGCAACAGGAGGUAGUAAUAAUAAUAAUGGAGGUACAAAACUUAUUGGAAAUAAUGGAUUACCAUCAAAUAAUACUGGUUUUAUAAGAGCUCCAACAAUAUUAGGAACUCCUGGUAUUGGGAGUACAGGAAAUUUUUUAAAUUUUUCAAAUCCAUCAUUUAUUGGUGAACAGGGAUUGUCAUGUGGAGGUAAUGGUGGAUUACCAAAUUUACCAAUAUUCUUUCAAAUGCCAGGAUCAUUUGGAAAUGUUGAUAUUAGUAGUUCUAUUAUUAAUUCAAAUACAGCAUCUAUUGUUAGUACAAAUAAUUCAACAACCUCCGAAGAAACAUCUCCAAUAAAAGAUAAAAUUAAUGGUGAGAAGGAUAAUGAAGAAAAGGAGGAAAAAAAAAAUAAAGAGGAAGGUUCUGAUGAAUCAUCAUAA